UUUUUAAAUGCCAGUCUAAAUACUUUGGGUGUUUGUGAAUGUAUGGGGUGGGUGGGUGGGGGCUUCCGUUGUGUGCUUUACACAAUAGAACGACACCUUCUUUUACCCUUGCUCCUUGCUACCAGAUGACUGGUUUGAAAUUUCUUUCCCUUCUGCAUACUAAAAUCCCUUACCAGGUCUGAGGCCCUGCUCUAAUUAAGGCCUCACAGGGCUGCCCUUCUCCCCACCACUGAGCUGGCUGCCAGAGUGCCUGCCUGAGGGCCUUACAAGUCAGUGAGAUGAGAGAACAAAAGCCACCAGCUGAGAACGUGGUUAAAUCCGAGAAGGGCCGUGCCCUCGUAAUCCUCACCCCCACCCCCUUUUUUCUUUAGUUCUACAACCCAGAAAGGGGAAAGAAGGGUUUUUUUUUUUUUUUUGGACAGGGAGGAACUAUGCCAUAGAUUCUUCAGAGUCUGCAGGGUAUUGGGAAACCCACGUGCACAGAACAGGAGUAUCAUCUGGGAAGUGAAAUGGGGCGGUGGCUCACUGAGGGCUCAACAGGAAGGCAGGUUGGGGAGCAGAGAAUCAGAAAAUGGGAACAAAGGGAGCAGCCAGCAGAGGAGAGCAAACAGGAAGGCUGCUUGCCUUUGAACCUUGGGGUACAGGGAACAAGGAAAAUGUAGAGAGGGCAUAGAAAAGUCUUAGAGAGCCCUCAGGCGUAGGCUAAGCUUCAUAGAGACAGAACCCUAAGCCACUCUCUUGGUCUUUGGAUACCUUGUCGACAGUGUUACUUGAUUGUUCCAUGUUGCCUAUUGGGCAGCAACCACUGAUGGAUCUUCAUAAACGUGGUAAAUCCAGGAGCCUUACAACGUGUCCCUAUUGGGAUCUAUGAGGAACUCUGGAUCAGAAGUGUCCUAGAAAUUUUAUUUAAACUGGCCAUGGUGCCAUACACCUUUCAUCUCAGCACUCCAGAGGUAGACAAAGACAGAGUUCUGAAAGCUCAAGGCCAGUCUAGUCUACAUAGUGAGUUCCAGGCCAGAAGGGUUAUAGAGACCCUGUCUCAAAAAAAAAAAAAAAAACGAAGGUUCUAUUCUUCAUGCUAAGACUGCCAGAGAAGACCCCCUUCCCCACUGUCCUAUUAGAUCUCCACCAGCGUUUAAACAAGAUAAGAGGGCGUUUAAUUUGUGCUGUGCCCAAGGGCUGCUGGAUUGCUACAGGGCAGAGACUGGAGCCUACUGCAAGGUUUGGGAGAAGGAAAGACAGACAAACAAAGGAACCAGUGACACAGGGGUAGCAUAGACUUGAUGGAAGGAUAUAGUCCUAGGACAGAAAAGGAGGUGGGGAUAGGAGAUGUCCCUUUUUUGGCCUUGGGGGCGGGGUUCGGCCAGUGCUUAGAGUAGCCAGAGAAAUAAGCUGAACAGCGGGUUAAAGAAUGUUUGUGAGCAAUAAACGAACUGUUCAAUGAUGGUCAGCCUUUGCUAAGGGUUAGUACGUUAGGGAGGGUAAGAAUCUAGAAAUACGAGUUAUUUUAGUUCUGAGAAUUGUCAAUUUUUUUAAACCAAAAUAGAGGUUUUAUAAAAUGGUGUGACCGUGGCUCAUAGUACCCACAGAAAUGCCCACCGUAAGCUGCUCGUGCAAGACAGCCUCUUCCCCAGAUCUAUGUUUCUCUGCAUUUAGCUCCCUCAGAGCCUGCUUCCUCCUUCCUUCUCUUCCUCUCUCCUUCCUUUCCUUCCUCCCUGGCCUCCCUCCAUUCUUCCCCCUUCUCUCCCUGCCUCCCUCCCUCCUGGUGUGUGGUCUGAGCUUCUUGACCAUCCCCAGAGGAUAUUCUGACUGUCUGAAUUGCUCAGUCUGCAGAAAGGCAGGAUAGGGGGCAUGGUAACACUUAGUCUGUUGUCUUCCUUGUGCUUCUUGCUCGCCUCUUCCAGAAACUCAAACCAGACUCAGUUGCCCCAGGCAGGGCUCUUUUUCUCUCACUGAAGGAACUGGCCUGAGAAGUUGUUCCUUCUGGAGGUUGUCUGGGGGAGGGGGGGGGUCAACUGUAGACUCAUAUGCUUAAUACUGGUUUAGUACCCUUCCACCAACCAAACCAAUUGCUUUCAGGUACAGGAAAGCUUGGCCCCCUUUUGUCUAUAAAAGGUCAGAUAGAAAGUGGCUGAGGCUUUUUUUUCCCUUUAAAUGAAAAAAAAAAAGAAAAAGAAAAAGAAAAAAUUUUACUAGGAAUAUGGGGUAGGGUGUUUGCCUAGCAUACAUAAGGUCUUGGGUUCAGGCCCCAGCAAUGCCAAACAAAAGAAAUAAAACUUCAACAAAUUAAGUUUAAAGAUGGCGUUGACUUUGCUGGCAUUGACUAAAGAUCUGUGAAUCAGGCAGCACCUGGUCUAUAGAAACCAUGAGCUGCUUUGGGCCUGGAUGAAGAGCCUACUUGUAUAAGGUAGACUGAGUGGGAACAAAGAGGUUCACACCAGGCUUCUUCAGGUUUCUUCCCUUAUGAGGGAGGGUUACAGCGGAGGGACUUCCUUAUCUGGCCGCCAGAGCUAGCCUACGUCAGGAUUAUCUACUGUUUUCUCAGAAGGUCAAACACCAACCUAAUUCCGGUUUAGUGUUCAGGACUUUAGUGAGAGCGACUCCGGUUUGGUUCACCUCAUGGGAUCCAUGAGGAAGUCUGUAUCAGAAGUGUCCCAGAAAAUUGAUUUAAGCUGAGCAUGGUGCUCUACACCUUUCAUCUUAGCACUCCAGAGGCAGAUGAAGACAGAGCUCUGAAAGCUCAAGGCCAGUCUAGUCUACAUAGUGAGUUCCAGGCUAGUAGAGUUAUUGUGACCCUGUCUCAAAAAAUAAAACAACAAAACCAGCGAGUUGAAGAAAUGCUGAGAAUGUUACACAGCUGUUUAUGUAACAAAGCAAAAUGUAGAUUUCCACAAACUUUGUAUCGAUGAAAGAAAAUAUAAAAUGCAGUAUUAACUAUAAUAACUAUAAUGGGUAUGGCUGUGAUUGUGUCUACACCAUUAUGGGCAAUGGCAUUUGAAUUUCAUAUGAUUUCUCAUCAGAAAAUGUUCUUUUUGACACUCUACCCAAUCACUUAAAAAUGUAGACCUUGGCCUAGAGAGAUGGCUCGGUUGAUGAGGAGAAAACCAUGCUUUUGCAAAGGACCCAAGCCGGAUUCUCAGCACCCACCUUGCUCACAGCUGUCUAGAGCUCUAGAGGCAGAGGAUACACUGCCUCUGGCCUCCUCCGGCACCCGUGCUAGGUGCACACACCCAACACAGACAGACGCAUAUUGUGAAUACACAAAAGUUAAAAAUAUUUUUAAGCUUAAAAAAUACAAAGCUAUUCUUAGGCCAUAUAAAAGUAGGUCACAGGUUAGAUUCAUAUUUGAAGAGCUAUCCCUUCCUUCCUUCCUUCCUUUCUUCUCUUCCUUCCCCUCCUUCCCCUUCCUCCUUUUAUUGAAACAGAGCCUUCCUUUGUAUCCCAGGCUGGAUUUAAAAUCAUGGUCCUCCUGCCCUAGUUUCCAGAGUACUGUAAUUACAGGCAUAGAUGAUGAUUCUAUUUUGUAAAUUAUAAUCUGUUCUGGGGACCAACUAGCCAGAUUGAGUCAAUAUGUCCUGUUUAAUUUCUAAUAAACAGUGUGUGUGUGUGUGUGUGUGUGUGUGUUGGGCAUCUUGUGGCACACGUGGAGAUCAGAGAAUAAGUUGUCUGGGGAUCGAACUCUGGUCAUCAGGCUUGGCAGUACAUAUCUUUAUCCACAGAGCCAUUUCAUUGGCCCCAAUUUCAGAAAACAUUUUCUAUUUUUUUGUCUUCUAAUUUUAUUACUUUUUCUUAGAAAGCUAAGAUAUACAUACUGUGAAAUAGUUAGAACCUUAAUUUCGUCUUAGAAAAGAAAUGCUUAAAAUACCUAAUUAAAAAUAUUAAAAAAAAAAAAAGAAAGAAAUGCUGAACUACUUACAUAGGGCUAAAAGAAUAAUGUCUGCAGCCUUCGGAGAUUCAGGAGAGAGGGAAACGGGAGGGAGGGAGGGAGGGAGGGAGGGAGGGAGGGAGGGAGGGAGGGUGAGAAACAGGGAAAGGCCUAUCACCAUCCUCUUAGUUCUUCUGGAAGCUUGAAAUAUUCCUUUUUAUUAAAAAAAAAAAAGGACUUUAAACUGUAGAUUAUUGAAACCAUGUAUAGCUGUGGGGGCCAAACCCAAGUGCCAAAUGCCAUCACGUCUCAUAGGCAACAUAUGAAUUUGUCCAAUUAGGUUAUUAAACAAGCACAACUGCAAGUAAGUGUCACACAGUCCCUCUCAUCCGACACUUAGUUUCCCACACUCCACAGGCUUCCCCUUCCUCUUUGAUCCUUGCUGCCUUGUGGAGGACAUCUUGUGUGGGCUUAAAAGGCAACGUUUUAGUCUUGUGUAGUUGCUACAUUGGAGACCUAUAAAAAAACGGGAAAAGGGAACAGUGUUAAACUGCCCCAUAACCUUAAUCAGAAAGCGCAUGCAGUGUAAUAGAAACUUUGUGGGAAUUAAACAAAAUGAGACAGAAAACAAAGACAGCUUCCUGGGCAAGGCCUAGGAGCUAUGGCGUAAAGAUGAGCAGAUAGAAGGGUAAGGAGACAAAGUCUUAGAUUCUCCUUUUUCCUCUUAAAAUGCAUUAAAAUGGGAAUUAUUACAAAGAAAACAUCACAUGUAGUAAUUUCAGAACAUUGUAAAGGAAACUUUACAGAAAAGAGCGUACUUAUGAUAAGAUGGGAUGUUUCCGGAAAUUUCCAAAUAGUUCCCCCACACUCAGAAGGAUGAUUGAGAGUCUGGUUAUGAGGAAGGAUGGAAAUUUUUGAACGACUGGCUUAUUACAUAAGCUUCAAGCCAUUGCUGUGAUAGUUCAGUUCUUAAAACAAUGUGAGGAAAUAUGCUUGCUUCUGGAGAAAUAUUUGGCUCCCAUGAGAAAAAAUUGCAAGUGUUUGUGAUGGCCCGCUAGAGGUAAGGAGCCAUCCACACACUGACUCUUAAAGCCAGAGCCAAGUUUCACUACUCACACACCGUUGACAGGAUCUGAUCAAGACACUUCCCCGAACACCCUGGAGUCAGACUUAGGUCAUAGGUCCCAAGUGACCCUAGCAGAUCACCAAUGUAAAACCACUAUAAACAACAGAAGCCCUAACUCAGAAUAGUUAACCUUCAAUGCUCAGACGUGUCUGAAGUUAGAGAGCACUUACAAUGCUAGGUGCUAUUGUAAAUGAUCCACGUGUAUUAUUUAAUUCAAUUUAAAAAAAUCACCUAGGAGGUAGACAUUAAUACUAAAACAUAUUGCAUGUUAGGUACCAAAGCUGAAGGUCAGAGAAGUGGCCGUACAUAGCAACAAACCUAGGCUGUCAACACAGGCCUGCUGAAUCCAGAAGGCCAACCAACCUUGCCCGCUACCUCCCACCGGUCCCAGGGAAUCAGCCACAGCCAUACAGCUUACAGACUUCCCAGUCUUUGUGCACCAGUUUUCCCGAAUUUUAAAAUCAUCUUCAGAGUUUCUAAAAGCCUCAAUGGAAACACAAACAGGCAAUUAGACCACGAGUUUCUUCAGUUUUGUUUUUUAAGGCUGGUAUCUACCAUUGCCAACAAGUUAGAUCAGGUCUUGUGGAAGUUCUCAUUGGCAGUUAUGUAGACAAAAACAUUCAAGCUCCCUUUUUUUUUAAGGGGAAGAUGAAUCAUUACUUAAUACAUGCAGUUUAGUGGAGUUAAUCUGUGAACACUGGCCUAUGGAGCGAGAGAAUAAAAGGGUGUUUGGCAUCGAGAAGGUCGGGAACUGCUCGUUACAUGUGUAUGCACGUUGCCCAACCUGUCAGCCUUCACAACUCUGCAUUUUUUUAAGUGACACCAUUCUUCCUGCAUCGUUUAUGGGGCUUUACUUUGCAUAUAGUAUUAAAAAUCUACUCAGCUCACCAAAAUGAUCAUAUUCUUAAUGUUUGGUCAAGGAACUGGGGUGCAUAAAUGGCAAGUACUGUAUUCCAGGAAAAUACCCUUUUUCAAAACCUUAAGGUUUUGCCAGGGAGCGAGUCGUUUUCCAAAGGACACACACACACACACACACACACACACACACACACAAAAUCAAAAACUAAAAACAAACAAAAAAUACUAAAGACUCAAUGCUGGAUGGUUCAAAACAAACACCUGCACUUAGGUGUGCGUGGGGCAGUAGGUGCCACACUGCGAAUCUGUGUGGGAAGGAUGUCAGCGGGCAGUCGGUGGCUUUUAUUUUUUUCAUUGCAUGAAACAGUUCUUAUACCAUGGUGGGAAAUAAUCCAGGCGUCCCCUGACAGCCAUGAGAAAGCACAGGUGACACCCUGUUCUCAGAAUUUGGUGCGGGUUAAAACUGCAUAGGGUGCCCGGGGCCUGCUCGGUGGCUGCGCAGCAUCUGUGCGAGCCUGGCUCUGCCGCAGUGGCGCCGGGGGGUGCGGGAGCCUCGCGGCCUGCAGCGUCCCGGAAGCCCUGCGCGUCGGCGCCCGAGGUCGAGCGACCGUCCGGCCUGCACUGCACCAGGGGCAGACCGGGGCGUCCGGGCCCAGCCGCCGGCGUCCAUUUUCUGGGCGGCGCUGCGGCCGGACUCGCAGGUCCGGAAGCGCCAUGGACCCCGCGGGAAGCGCGCGGGCGGCGGAGCGGAGCCCCGUAAGUGCGCGGGGUCCGCGCGACUCCGGGGCGUGGAGGUGGGGAGGCGGGAGCCGGUGGGCAGCGCUCGCGCCGGGCUGCAGCGGACGCGGAGCGGAGCGGAGCCUACGGAGCAGCCAGCGUCCGCAGGUGCCCGCGUCCCGCCCCACCAGGCUCGGCUGCAGGGGGGCAGCGGGGAGUGACGCGCACCUGGGGCUCGGGACUGUCGCGCCUCCCCUCCGGUGAAGCGCAAACCCGGGCUGCUUCCUGACCCUACCCGUUCGCGAUGAGAUCCUAGUGCGACACCAAGCCCCUGGAAUUGAACCGGAUGUUCAAAGGCAGGGCCCUGCCUCCAGGGGUUGCAGCCUUGGCCUCCUGCUCCUGCUUGCUGCAGCCGUCUGUCCGUUGGGACAAUUCAACAGUCAGCCUUUAGACACCUCUUUGCAGGUUAGCUGAUAAAUAACCUGAGAUUUUAAUCUGUCUGCGCUUCCACUUUAUAACUCCUGCUUUGCGGUGGAUCUUGAUAUGGAAGACAUGGCGGGCUCAGAACCAAGGAUUUCCGAGUGAUUUCUGCCAAAGCACAGAAGCUAACUCCGUCAAGGCUGGCGUGUUCUGAGGCUGUUCCUGCAGCUCUGAAGCUUCCUGGAUCUGAGGUCAAGACCUCACUUACCUCAAGUUCAUAGUGUCUGGAAACCAUGCAUCGGAGUCGAGUCACAUGCUGGCCGUGUGACUUCAGCCACCCUCUUUUGGAAGGAGACUGAGGCUUUAUCAGUCCUAUUUUGAAAGAUGACAGUCAUGUCCCUCUCCAGGGACCUCAAGGACGACUUUCACAGUGACACAGUACUCUCCAUCUUAAAUGAGCAGCGCAUUCGGGGCAUCUUAUGUGAUGUCACCAUCAUCGUGGAAGACACCAAGUUUAAAGCCCACAGCAAUGUCCUGGCCGCCUCAAGUCUUUAUUUCAAAAACAUCUUUUGGAGCCAUACGAUCUGCAUUUCCAGUCACGUCUUGGAGCUGGAUGAUCUGAAAGCCGAAGUGUUUACAGAAAUACUUAAUUAUAUCUACAGCUCUACCGUUGUGGUCAAAAGACAGGAAACCGUCACUGAUCUUGCAGCUGCAGGGAAAAAGCUGGGAAUAUCAUUCUUAGAAGACCUUAGUGACCGCAACUUCUCAAAUUCCCCAGGUCCUUACGUAGUCUGCAUUACUGAAAAGGGAGUGGUUAAAGAAGAAAAAAAUGAGAAAAGGCACGAAGAACCAGCUGUCACUAAUGGGCCAAGGAUCACAAACGCGUUUUCCAUCAUUGAGACGGAAAAUAGUAAUAACAUGUUUUCUCCCCUGGACUUGAGAGCAAGCUUCAAAAAGGUGUCUGAUUCCAUGAGGACAGCCAGCCUUUGCCAGGAGAGAGCCAGCGUCUGCCAUGAGGUAGAGCCUGUCCGCACGCUUGCUGAGCACUCGUAUGCCGUCUCGUCCAUCACUGAGGCCUACAGGAGUCAGCCUCCGAGGGAACAGGACAGCAGCUCAUCUGCUAAAACAGGAAAAGAAACUGGUGAUGCUCUUGCCACAAAAGCGAAGCCAUGCCGAAAGCCAAAGCCCCAAACCCAGGAUUCUGACUCAACCACAGAAAAUAUGCCACUCUCUCUAGUAACCUGCCCAGAGGUGAAUCAAGAAAGAAGCCCACAGCCAGCUCCAGAUCUGUCACACUCAGAGCCUCCCAGCAAUGAAGGGGAUAUCCAUUUUCCCAGGGAAGAUGAAAAUCAGCCCUCUGAUGCUCCGGGUCCAGGAGCAGCAGAGGUCCCGCCCCUCGUUUAUAACUGCAGCUGUUGUUCCAAGUCCUUUGACAGCAGCACGCUGCUCAGUGCCCACAUGCAGCUCCACAAGCCGACCCAGGAGCCUUUUGUGUGCAAGUACUGCAACAAGCAGUUCACCACCCUCAACAGACUGGACCGGCACGAGCAGAUCUGCAUGAGGUCUAGCCACGUGCCCAUCCCAGGAGGAAACCCACCGUUCUUGGAAAACUACCCCACUAUUGGUCAAGAUGGAACUUCAUUCAGAAGCCCGGAAUCAUUAGGGCCAGAAAAUAGGAUUGGCGAACUAUCCAGCGCGGGGAGUGCCUUGUCAGACGCGGACCACAUGGUGAAAUUUGUGAACGGGCAGAUGCUCUACAGCUGCAUCGUGUGCAAACGUAGUUAUGUGACUUUGUCCAGCCUCCGGCGGCAUGCAAAUGUUCACUCGUGGAGAAGAACAUACCCUUGCCAUUACUGCAACAAGGUCUUUGCGCUGGCUGAGUACAGGACGCGACAUGAAAUCUGGCACACUGGGGAGAGGCGGUACCAGUGCAUUUUCUGUCUUGAAACUUUUAUGACCUACUACAUACUAAAAAACCAUCAGAAGUCCUUUCAUGCCAUAGAUCACAGACUCUCCAUCAAUAAAAAAACAGCGAACGGAGGCUUGAAGCCUACUGUCUAUCCAUACAAACUUUACAGGCUCUUGCCUAUGAGAUGCAAGAGGGCACCUUAUAAGAGCUACCGGAAUUCUUCCUAUGUAAGUGCUCAAGGAAGCAGUCAAAGGGGUGAAUCUGCCCCUGAUACGUUCAUCGUUCCGAAUCUGCAAAGCUCUGAAAUGCCCACACUGGACUUCCAAGAUGGCAGAAACACGUUGCCCAGCAGCCCUGCCGUGCCAGUGGAAACACCUUCACGGCAGGGCGCACCCACUUCUGCCAGAGUAAAAAAUGCAGAAGGCAUCAAAUGGAGGAAGCAGGCAGUGAAAACCAAUCUCGUCGAUAACUUCGAUUCAACUGAGGUGUCAGUUUCUUCCACUGGAAACACCGUCAGCGCCACCCUACAGACAGAGCCCGCAUGUGUUUCAUCUGUGGGCAAAGGCAGUGAGCACUCGGCCUCUGUGAUCAGCUACAGCGGCUCGGUGCCCUCCGUCAUUGUGCACAGCAGCCAGUUCUCGUCGGUGAUCAAGCACAGCAACACCAUCGCUAGCCUGACCAACAGCAACCACAAGUCCCCUUCACAACCGGUGGUCAGCCCGUCCCUGAUCAAGGACAGCAAGCCCGAGACAGAUAAAGCCAGUAAACCUGCAAGCAGACCCAAAAGCAUUAAGGAGAAAAAGAAAACUGCUCCGAGUAACAGGGGAGAAAUAACAGAGGAGGCAAAAUAUAUUGCUGAUCACGGAGGGUCUUCAGGCAAAACCACAAACGCUGAAGAAACCAGUAAGAUUGAAACUUAUAUCGCAAAACCUGCUCUGCCCGGUACCUCCACAAAUAGCAAUGUUGCACCCCUUUGCCAGAUAACAGUAAAAAUUGGGAACGAAGCCAUCGUGAAAAGGCAUAUCCUUGGGUCUAAGCUGUUUUACAAAAGAGGGAGAAAACCUAAGUAUCAAAUGCAGGAAGAGACACUGCCUCGGGAGAAUGACCCAGAAACCCCUGGGGACAGCCCCCUUGGGCUUUGCCAGGCUGAAUGUGUAGAGAUGAGUGAAGCAUUUGAUGAAGUGAGUGACCAGGACUCCACUGAUAAGCCGUGGCGCCCAUACUACAACUACAAACCCAAGAAGAAAUCCAAACAGCUGAGAAAAAUGAGGAAAGUCAAAUGGAGGAAGGAACGCAGGAGCAGAAGCCCCGUCGGCCGGUGCAGAUACCCAGCCGAACUGGAUCGUGCAGAGGUGAAACUGCCCCCAGAUAAGGCCUUCGAAGAAGAAGAAGAAGAAGAAGAGAAUAAAGAGAUGCCCAAGCUGCAGUGUGAGCUCUGUGAUGGCUGCCCUGAUGGGGCAGCAGGGGCGGGAGCCGAAGGCAAGCCCCACCAGCAUCUCACUUCGAAGCCUUACAUCUGCGAGCUCUGUGCAAAGCAGUUCCAGAGCUCCUCCACACUCAAGAUGCACAUGAGAUGCCACACUGGAGAAAAGCCGUAUCAGUGCAAGACCUGUGGGCGGUGCUUCUCGGUGCAGGGGAACCUACAGAAGCACGAGCGCAUACACCUGGGCGUGAAGGAGUUCAUCUGUCAGUAUUGUAACAAGGCAUUCACACUCAACGAGACGCUCAAGAUCCACGAGAGAAUCCACACUGGGGAGAAGCGCUACCACUGUCAGUUCUGCUUUCAGGGUUUCUUGUAUCUCUCCACCAAACGGAACCACGAGCGGAGGCACAUCCGGGAGCAUGAUGGGAAAGGCUUUGCUUGCUUCCAGUGCCCCAAAAUAUGCAAAACAGCUGCUGCCCUCAGAAUGCACCAAAAGAAACACUUAUACAAGACCUUACCUAAGCAAGAGGAAACAGGCGACACGUGCCACGAGAACGCGGAUCUCUUGGAAAGUCAGCUUUGCACUGAUUCCGAAGACAGCGAACAAAAGGAUGACAUAAAAGCCUUUGCUGAAAACGUCCUUUGAGUGACAACAACAGUUAGAAAUCUUCAAAAUUGUUUGUGAUUUUUCUUUCUUUCUUUCUUUUUUUUUUUUUUUUUUUUUUUUUUUUUUUUUUUUUUUUUAGUUUUUUAAGCUUAGUUUUGUUCACAUAAUAGUCACAAAGGAUAGGGGGGGCAGUGUUAAUUUUCAUUUGUGUAAACUCCAAAAAAAAAGGAUCCUAACAACUAUUUUGGGUUUUAUCAUUUACUUCACACAGAAUGAGUAAAAAACAAAAUAGCUGAAUCCUCUAACGACCCUAGUAUCUUGUGAAGGCUAAUGAAGUUCUUAGCUGUGGGAUUUUGAACAGUGAAAACAGCAACGGAAUUUUAGCCUAAUUUAACCCUUUCUCACGAGCACUAAUGAGGUCUGCUGAACUGUUGUUAGUCACUGGAGAGAGCAAGGGUCAGGAUCAUGAAGACAGCGUCUUUGAGACGUGCUAACGAGCUAUGACAGGAUUUAUUGCCAUUGAGUUUCUGCACUGUUAAUCUUUGGUAAAUUAAUGGGUAUUUACAAAAUACUUAACAAUAUAACUGAAAAUAUGUAAUGGAUAACCUAAAGUAGGACAUUCACAUAUCAUCUAGAAAUACUUUUCUGCAACAUAAACCUUGUAAAAUACAUAUAUGAAUCACUAUAACUUUUAGCUGUCUAUAUGUCCCUUGUAGAGAAUCCUAACGAGCAAUAGACCUCAGAGAAUGAGGACUGCUGUAGAAAUCAGUAGAGCACUUGGAAUCUGACUGGCGAGCAUGUGUAUGCUGCUCAAUGGAAUGCUGUGCUGUUCCCUUGAAGUACAGCUGAGCUGUUAUUAGAACUGGUCCACUCAAGUCACACAGAACAUAGGUCAUGCCUUAUCUAUGGGGAAAGCCUUCCCAGACUUACCUAAGCUUACCUAGGCCAUAUAAUCCUCUGCAGUGGCCUCACCUCAGAGAAUGAAGAAUGGUCAAAUUCUUCAGAACUCUCUGCAGUCUUCCAAGGCCAUGGAUGUUGGGGGCUACCCUACCCAGACUUAAGGGGUCAGAUAAUCCUGAUAUCUCCCAUUCCGCUGAAUCAGCACGCAGGAGGUUGAGAGCAAGACACACCUCUGUGGUAAUCAAGUCUCAGGCACUUGGAAAUGGCAGAAAGCCUAAUUCCUCAAUCUUACACAUCCUUGGAGAUAAUGCAGCCCACAGGUACAUAGUGGUUAACAACAGGCUCUUGUCCCCCACUGAUAACAUGGGGACAAGGGGACCUGGUGACCUCCUUUGCCUCUAACAGCAGCACUGUUUCUGAGGGUUGGGGAGAUAGAAUAUGGAAGGACAGGGCUCUGUCCCUUACAGACAGGACUCAGAAGCAUCCACAAAGCCAGAUGCUCUGUCCUCAUGUGUGCAGACAUUAGCCCCACUUACAUUUCUAAAUAAUUUUUAUAUUAACAUGACUGUCAACAUUGCCUUCAGAAGUCUGCUUGCCCUACAAGUAUUUUUUUUUCCUGUGAACUAAGAUCCUGGAAAGCUGGAACUCAAAAGAUUCUUACUGUUAAAACUUCCAGAAUAGGAGGGAGGGAGAGCACACCCUGCCCUUCCAGCCCCAGGAUGGGCAAAACUCAGAACAGUUCAAGCAGCCAUUCCUGUUCAAUGGGUUUAGUAGAUGGAAAGCCAAGGCUGGAAGGUUAUCAGAGGACUCCUGUUUCUCGCACCAAAUGUUGUGUUGUCUCCAUGAAGAAGGCUUAGUGUGGUUUGGGGUAGGCAAAAAAAAAAUAAUAAUAAUAAAAUAAAUAAAAAAAUAUUUAAACACCCAGAACAAACAAGGACAUGAUUCAAGGUGACCUUGUAUACUGUAGCACUUUGCUGUUAACCCCAGUAUGUAUCUGCAUUUAUCAUUUGCUCAUCUACGUCCACCUACAUACAGUAUUAUAUACUAGAGGAGAUGGGGAACUGCAAGCAAACUGAGCUUUGUUUUGUCCGUUGUAUAUAUGUACACCCACAUCAUUUGAGUUUUGUUGAGAGAGUCACAAAGGGCUUAUGAAAAUCACUUUUGAAUUAAUAACUAGAUGACAAGCAAUCCUGUGAUCCACUAAUUUGUUUUAUCUCAGUUAUAAUUAUAAAAAAUUAUAGGUUUAAGUUGUUUUGAUUUAACUACAAAAAUAAUUAUAUGUAUGGAUGUCUCCUGGCCCUUAUAUGUGGAUAUUUUUUAAGUGGACUUGUAUGCUGAUAAUUCUAGACCAAAGUAAAUAUGGCAGAAUAUUUAUACAUACAAAUAAUUUUGCAAAUAUUUUCUAUAAUUGUAUUAUUCGUUUAAAAUGUUGAUAGCUUGUGUUAGUUUCAGGGAGGGGUGUAUAUUUUGAUAAAAUACUUGACUUUGUAUUUCUGUACAUUCUAUACAAUUUAUAGAAGAGCCAUUUUAAGACAACUGGUGACGUUUUUGUUGUUGUUGAUUGUAUAAAUGUUAUGACUGGUGUUUAAGUUUGCAUCGAGUACGUAAAGACCAAGUAGAACUGAAGUGUAAACAGUGGACAUACUGUAUGCCAUACGAGAUAUACUGUAACUCACUGUCUUCGCAUCUGUAUUUUGGUUAGGAAAUAUGAUUAAAUGCAGAUGUUAAGGGUUGGAAAGGUCUAAUUUUAUUUUUAGAGAUAAUGAAUAUAAAUUUGUUUUGCUUGAUUAAAAUAGCUUAUUCCUACA